GAGGAUCGAGGAGAUCAUCAGGGAAUUGGUUUAAUUAAGGUCACCCUCUGCGUGUCGCCCGGCCAGAACUGCAAUAUCAAGUCUAGGAAUGUGGUGGCUUGCCUUUCAUGCUCUUGGAGGAGGAUUUGAACGGGAAAACUGAGAGCCUUUGAUUCUAUGAGUGCUGUAAUCUGGAAUGUAAGGCUGUGCGGUGAUUGAUGAGCUCCAUCCGCCCGCGUCGAUAUGCUCAAGCAGCUGCCGGUGGCCGUCCGGCCACCGUCAUGGACGUCAAGGCGCCGGCUCCUUGAAGAAAGGAUCAUCUCCGACCUCCAGAGGACUUCGGAUCCACGGCAAUUGAAGCAGCUGCACGCACAGAUAAUCCGAGCCCACCUCCACCACGACCCCUUCGUCGUCCCCAGGCUCGUUUCUGCCCUCGCCUCCGCCCGCCUCAUUCACCAUGCCCGCGCUGCCUUCGACCACGUUCCCGACCCAAACGUUUUUCUCUGGAACACCCUUAUCCGUUCGUAUGCAUACCACGGUUACUUCGUCGACGCCCUGUCCUCCUUUUCCCUCAUGCAGCACGCCGGCGUUGCGGCUGACAAUUUCACCUUCCCUUUCAUCCUGAAGGCGUGCUCGUCCGUCUGCGCGGUCGAAACUGGCAGGAUGAUCCACACCCACGUCGUGAAAUCCGGCCUCCUCCUCGCCGAUGUCUUCAUCCCCAACGCACUCAUUGACAUGUACAACAAGUGCGGCUGCCUCAGGGAAGCCCACCAAUUGUUCGACGAAACACCUGAACGAGAUGUCGUAACUUGGAAUGUCAUGCUCGCCGGAUAUGCUAAAACAAACGACAUGGGCCCUGCAAGGCGGCUGUUCGAUGCCAUGUGUGAGAGGGAUAUUGUGAGUUGGAACACGAUGAUCGAUGGAUACGUGCGAUGCGGCGACAUGGAAUCUGCCUACAAACUGUUUAGCAAAAUGCCGGAGCGGAACGUAGUUUCCUGGUCGACUAUGUUGAGUGGCUACUGUAAGGCUGGGGACCUGGAUAUGGCGCGGCUUCUUUUCGACAAGAUGCCGCGCAGGACACUAGUUCCUUGGACAAUAAUGAUUGCGGGGUAUGCCCAGAAGGGUGAUGUAGCCGCAGCUUCACUGCUGUACGAAGAUAUGGAAAUGGCAAGGCUUGAGCCUGACGAGGUUGCAGCCACUACGAUAUUGUCCGCUUGUGCGCAAUCGGGAUUGCAUACUCUGGGCAAGAGAUUGCACUCGUACAUCAAUCGGUCUAGGCUGAGGUUCGAUACCAGAGUAUGCAAUGCGCUGCUAGAUAUGUACGCCAAGUGUGGAGAUCUAACAGAAGCUCGCCGGCUGUUCCGUAGCAUGCCUCGAAGAGACGUUGUGUCGUGGAACUGUAUGCUUCAGGGGCUUGCAAUCCACGGUCAUGGGGACAGAGCGCUUGAUCUCUUUGUGAGGAUGCAGACGCAGGGAGUUGCCCCCGAUGCAAUUACCUUCCUCGCCGUCUUGUCUGCAUGCACGCAUAUUGGUCUGGUUGACGAUGCGUAUCGUUACUUCUCCUGCAUGAAGGAGGAUUUUGGGAUCGUCCCCCAAAUCGAGCAUUAUGGCUGCAUGGUGGACCUUCUUGGGCGCGCAGGGCGCGUGCACGAAGCAUUCGAGUUGAUCAAGAGCAUGCCGAUGGAGCCGAAUGCCAUCGUAUGGUGCACCCUUCUUGCAGCUUGUAGAACGCAUAACAGUGUGGAGGUGGCUGAGAAGGUGGUGGAUCAACUCAUGGCAUUGGAACCUACAAAUGCCGGCAAUUACGCACUUUUGUCUAAUAUCUACGCCGCAACUGGGCAUUGGGAUGAUGUGGCUAAGGUGAGAGUGAAGAUGAAGGGAACGGGUGUACAGAAGGAAGCUGGUGCUAGCUCCAUCGAGGUGGACGAAAAAGUUCAUGAGUUUACAGUGGGGGAUAUGAGCCAUCCUGAAUCUGUAAGCAUUUUUGGGAUGUUGGAGCGACUUGGGAGUCAUCUGAAGCAUGUUGGCUAUGUGCCGAAAGUACGAGCUGUGCAGGAUGGCUUACUCCAUUGACGCCAGCACCAGCGCAUUGAUAUGAUGGAUCAGAAACUCCGCCCAUCUGGUGAAUUGAGUGCUUUGAUUGCCAUAACCACUUCCCAGUCUGCUUGGCUGAUCAAGUUGAUUUCUGGCUUAGCCUAUUUAUGAAGGUCGCCCACGGGCACCUUAGUUGGAUCGGUCGCUACAAUUAUGAAGAGGAGGAGAAAACACCAAGCUGCAUGUAUUAUCAGACGGAAGUGGGAAACCGCAGCGUGGUUCAACCUCCAAGGGGCUUCUCAGAACUCUGCUGUCGAGGCCCCUCGAUGAUCCCUUGCACGGCUGUUGCUUGCUGCAGCAACAUUUUAUCAAUUCUCAGAUCAUUCCUCCGAGAGAUACAUCUAUAGAGUAUUGUCUUAUUCUUCUCAUGAGUCAUGACUCAUCGUAACUCUUCUUUUCUAUUUGUUGUGGUUAUGAUGGGUAAACUUCCUUGGCAACAUGAUUGGUGCACAGAAGUUGGUGUAUAGCGUGAUCGACUUCCAUCCACACUCUGUACUACUGAAAACAUAGCAAAGUUGCAAGCUUUUUUGUGGUUCCAUCAGAGAGAGAGAGAGGUGCGGUUUUGUAUAGAGAUUUUCCAUAAUAUUCCUAUGUGAACGGACUGACUUUUCUUCAGUUCGUGCAGUAGGCCUUCUUACCAUUGCAAUCCUUUAGCGCUUUUAAAUUUGCUGCUCAUUUGAAGAAUACAAGAGUACCUAAAAGAAUUGGGAGAAGAGUUGACAGUGAGCUAUUUCAUUAGUUUGAAAGAACUUAGUACAUCGUGAACGAGGUGAGCAAGUCUCAAGUACUGAUCGGGUGCCUUGAGGCUCAUACUGCUAUCUUGCUGCCGGGGACCUACUUCGAGAUAAUUCUUUAAGUACAGAGUUCAACAUCACGGGUUGGAAGGUACUCAACUACGAAUAAAUAAGCGCAUGGGUAAAGUCAGGAGAAUAGGUGCCCCCCUUCAAAUCAUGUGUCGUCUUGGUGCCAGCUAUUUAAUUGUGUCCCUGUGCUUUCUCUUAGUGGCAUGACUUCAUUGGAAGUGUGUAGUUUCACAUCAACUAUGCUUCGUACGUCCAUUACAUCAGGUAUUUCUUCAGUUUGAGUUGAUUUUGUGUUGAAGAAUCUAUUCCAAUCUCCUGCUUACUACUCACUCUAUUGAUGGUGCUCUUUACAAGAUUGGCUAUCGCUACAAUUGUGUUCCACUCUAAAUCUUCAUCAUCAGCAUAAAAUAGCUUCAAGUUGCCAAUGUGAAGCUAUGGAUGCACCUUGAAGCCCGAUGGGAGUUCCAGUUUGUAUGCUAGUUUGCCUCAUUGUUUCACUUUUAAGUUGUCCUUCAUACUUCCACAACAGUGCACCAUGGCGUUGAUGAAAGAUACCUGUUCACUCUAAAUAGAGCUUCGCAGGGACCCGGCCUUCCAUGCAAAGUCUAGUUGAUUGUCGAUGAUUGUAUGCUUGGUUUUUCAUUUGCUUUGAUACCCUGUCAAAAAUGCUUUCAUGAGUUUCGUCUGCUGCUGUCAGUUUCAAGUAAGUUGGUAGGCAAAGGUUGGCCUUCCUUUCCACUGGGCAUCAAUGGUAUGCAGCUUCAACGUCGUCGACUGUUGUCUCGAACUAAGUCAGAUGGAUUGUCUUCUGAAGACUCACUUUUCUGUAGGUUAUAGUACAAUUGGCCUAUAUCAAGUAACUUUGCCCAAGCUUUUUUUUU